GGAGGGGGAAAACAUGAAUGAGGUAAAGGAGGCUCUAAGAAACAUAGAGCAGAACUACAAGCUUUUCCUGCAGCAGCAGUUUACAUUUAUUGGAGCACUGCAACACACCCGAGAGAAUGCACAUGACAUGAUCAGACCUGUGGCAAGCAUCAGCCAGGUACAGUCCUACAUGGAGCAUCACUGUAACAAUUCCACCGACAGGCGUAUCCUCAACAUGUUCCUAAACAUCUGCAAUGAUCUAAGCAAGCUCUGCCACAAGCUGGAAACCGUGCAUUCUGGUAACAACAUAACCAAUGGCAUUUUGGAGAGAUGCAAGCUGCUCCUUAGCCACAGCAAUGACCUGAGCACCAUCCGAGCUAAAUACCCCCACGAUGUUGUGAAUCACCUGAGCUGUGAUGAAGCAAAGAAUCACUAUGGAGGUGUGGUGAGCCUCAUCCCCAUCGUUCUAGACUGCAUGAAGGAGUGGGUAGCCCACAUUGAGAAGCUGCCCAUGCUGUAUGAUGCAAAUUAGCUCCUGUUCUUUGCUUCCUGCUGGAAGACACUCCUGAAUAAACAAUUUCCCCUUGCA